AUGCCCUUCCUCCAUGCUUCCUUAUCCUUCUGGGACCUGCUCCUAUGGUGUUCUAUCCUAGCAAUUACACUUGGGACCAGCAUUCUUCUCAUUCUGCUCAUCACCCUCACGAUCUCCCAGAAUACCAUUCCCUCCAAAUGCCGUCCAAGGGGAUCUCCUACCCACGUGUUGGUAGUCCUUGGAAGUGGUGGUCAUACAGCUGAGAUGUUCUACAUGCUCGAACGGAUGAAUUUCGACCCCCAAGUCUACACGUAUCGGACAUACGUCGUGAGCUCCGGAGAUAAUUUCAGCGCAGAUAAAGCCAAGGAUUUUGAGGCUCAACGUGUACAGAAUUCCCAGGGUAUCCAUAACAACCGCUACACUAUUGUCACUGUGCCACGUGCCCGGCGGGUCCAUCAAUCCUAUCUCACUGCGCCAUUCUCUACGCUUCAAUGCUUCUGGGCUUGUCUCAAUGUUCUUCGUGGGCUUCACCCAGACCAAAAGCUCCCAAAGGAAUACAGCUCGCUUUACCCGGAUCUGAUUCUCACAAACGGUCCCGCUACAGCAGUCUGUGUUGUCGCAGGCGCCAAACUCAUUCGUUUCUUUUUAUGUUUGGUCCAAUGCACUGCCUUGUGUCGUGGUCUGCGAACAUCCGCGUUUACAUCCGCACCAAAGCUGCGCACUAUUUACAUCGAAUCAUGGGCCCGUGUGAGCUCGCUUAGUACCUCUGGUGUCCUGCUGUUACCUCUGGUCGACCGUUUUCUUGUUCAAUGGCCUGCCCAGGCCGGACGACGGGCAUGGUGGGGGAUGAAGAGAACACAAUAUGCAGGAUGGCUUGUGAUCUAA